CCCAGCCCCUAAACGUCCGGGUCUUUGACCAAUCAGAAGGCGCAGCGCGGAGUCAGAGGGGACAUCGACCACAGAUAAAAUGUUUGACUUCCAUCCAUCCCAUCAAACCAUCCUCUCAAUCCUCGCAGGACUGUUAGAAACCUGCACUUUAGAUUCAAAGUCUCGGCUCAGCCUCUGGAUACCAGUCAACAACAAAAAACUUGACGGGAUUCACUCAUUCUCUUUUCGGAGCAACCUGUUACUCCAGGAAAAACAGGGAGGCUGCACGGCGUCUGUAGAGAAGGCGAACUAUUACAAUAAAACAAACACACGAAACGAGCGCAGUUUUUGCUGGGAGUAAACGCAACAAGCAAAAAAAAAAAAGGCAGCCUGCUUUUGUUACCUGACAGAAAGUCAGGAAUCAUGACAGCGCUCGCAGGAGGUUUACCGAGAAUGAUGAGACCAACUCCUCACCAGAACUACCCGCGGGGAGGAUACUCUCUGGAAGUCUCCACUCCGUUAGGACAGGGUCGGGUCAACCAGCUCGGUGGUGUCUUCAUAAACGGCAGGCCUCUCCCCAACCAUAUCCGCCAUAAAAUCGUGGAAAUGGCUCAUCACGGUGUCCGGCCGUGUGUCAUCUCCCGUCAGCUGCGAGUCUCCCACGGCUGCGUCUCCAAAAUCCUCUGCCGGUACCAGGAGACAGGCUCCAUCAGGCCGGGGGCCAUCGGAGGCAGCAAGCCAAAGCAAACCGCCUCUCCAGAGGUGGAUAAGAAAAUCGAAGAGUACAAGAGAGAAAACCCGGGCAUGUUCAGCUGGGAAAUCAGGGACAAAUUACUGAAAGAUGGGGUCUGCGACAGGAACAAUGUUCCCUCAGUGAGCGCCAUCAGUCGCGUCAUGCGGUCUAAAUUUGGCGGAGUUGGUGACGAUGAAGAGGAUGAUGAUGAAGUGGUGAAGAGGGAGAUGGAGGAAAAUGAACCGCGGACAAAACACAGCAUCGAUGGCAUUCUGGGAGACAGAUCCAGUCACUCGGACGAGGGUUCUGACGUGGACUCCGAGCCGGGCCUGCCUCUAAAAAGGAAGCAGCGACGCAGUCGGACCACCUUCACGGCAGAGCAGCUAGAGGAGCUGGAGAGGGCCUUCGAGCGCACGCACUACCCCGACAUCUACACACGGGAGGAGCUGGCUCAGCGGGCCAAACUGACGGAGGCUCGAGUUCAGGUGUGGUUCAGCAACAGAAGAGCCCGGUGGAGGAAGCAAGCAGGGGCCAGUCAACUGAUGGCGUUUAACCACCUCAUCCCAGGAGGUUUCCCUCCAUCAGCUAUGUCAGGCCUGCAGCCAUAUCAGCUGUCCGACAGCCCCUACACUCCUACUUCGAUAGCUCAAGCAUCCGAGCAGCCCAGUACAGUACACCGACCGCAGCCCCUGCCCCCCACCUCCGUCCACCAGAGUGGGCUCAGCUCAUCAGCGGGCUCCCAGGAUGGGAGCUCUGCAUAUUGCCUGUCCUCUGGACGUCACAGCUUCUCAGGAUACUCGGACAGCUUUGUGGCCCCGACAGGACAUACCAACACUGUCAACCCUACCAUCAGCAACAGCCUCUCACCACAGGUAAUGGGCUUAUUGAACCCAGGUGGAGUGCCACAUCAGUCCCAGAGUGACUUUGCCCUCUCCCCGCUGACCGGAGGCCUGGAGCCUAACGGUGGCAUGGCUGCCAGCUGUCAUGGUUCCCAGCGCCUGGAGGCUCUACCGGGUCUGACCAGUAUGCCCACCCUGCCCAGCACCCAGUCUUACUGCCCUCCUUCCUACACCUCUCCAGCCUACGCCAUGGACCACCAUCCAUCCUACCAGUAUGGACAGUACAGUCAGAGCAAGGUGCCUUUCAUUAUAUGAAUCCCCCAACAUGGCCUGAACAGGAGGCUUCCUGGCCAGUCUGACAUUCAUUGCCAGAGAAUACCCCCAGCCCUGAGGACAGCAAGAGAGAGAUGUUGGGUGGGGUGAAGGGGUUGAGGUUUUUCUCCUUCAGCAAGGGGAACCAGUUGAGAUGGAGGUGUAGUGAUGGCGAUGGAGGGGGUUGACUGCAAUAAUUAGGACCAAAGGCGCAGCCUCUCCUGUUACCUGGCAGUCGUUUUGCUUGUGCGUCACGUCAUGCUCCAAGGACCAAGCACGGUUCGUUGUCCAUGCUUAAAGAGAAAAAGAAGAGGGGUGGGGAAAGGGGGGUAAAUACAUUCAAGAUUGUGUAUUCGAUUUUUGUAAUAAGUGGCAGAGAUGCAAGUUAAGGCAGACUUGGUAAGCUGCCAUGUGCUUCUCUUCAACACAAUGUCUUAUGUUAAAAAAAUAAUAAUAUUUACUGUACAUUGAUGUGAUUCUUGUGUAAAACAUUGGAAAUGAAAAUGUGACUACACCGGGAAAACCAGUAGAAAGGCAUGAAUCGAGGCGGAGUGGAGUCAUAGUGAAACCACUGCAACCCAAAGAAAGUGCAAUACAUUCAUACCUCAUGUGAUGUAAAUUAACACGGAUCAAAUGCCCCUGAUUAUACUACCCUCAAAAAUAUGCUCUCUUUUUAAUGUCAUUAAUUUUUUGUGUGCAUUGAUCAAUCAGGGGAAAUCAUCAAGCGAUGAAAAAAUAGCAAACGUAGUCGUGAUGUCAUGAAGCCAAAAAAUUCUCUGCCAGUGAAUACAUUAUUCAGUUUGACAGUUAAUUUUUUUUUUUGCAUGUGUUAAAUUAGUUUUCACCAGGAACUUGCAAACUUUAGUUCCAUUUCUUAUUUAUUUAGUGUUGUUCAAGUGUUCUGUCUCUUUUGUGCGUCCUGUUUUUAAGUGCUCCUGAGUGCUUAAGUAAGUCUUACACAAUGUUCAUUUACAUGUUUUUUUUCUCCUUUUGUAUAAUUUACAUUUACAUUGGCGUAAAAUGAUUUUGUUGUAAGAAGUUUUGUGUACAAUACAGCACUAUUUACUAUUUAUAAUAAACUGUAUAAAAUGCAGAAAGUUGUGACUCUGAGUGGGUGUCAUUUAUGGGAUACCAGCGCUGCAGCUGCUAUUGAGAGACUAAAGUUUUUACAUUCCUUUAUGAUAACUUUCACAUCAGGUAUUUUCUAAGCUAAUUCUAGCAUUUUAAGACUAGGUAUGUUUCAAUUAAACUCAUUUAGACCAACACAUUAAUAAAUAAAUAAAGCCUUCAUGGCUUCAGUAUUUAUUCCCCAGACUCAUACACACU